AUGGCGCCGCCGCGCCCUACCGCGGAUGCAGGCGCGACGCCUGCGACGACAGUCGCGCCCGCGGCAGUCCGGGGCCUCUCUGCGUCGGGCGCGCCUUCGUACGCUUCGGCGUCCGGCGCCACGCAGCCCCACGACUCGACCCAGAACGUCGCCCGCUUGUACGCGGAUGUGAAUCUGCACAAACCGCGGGAGUAUUGGGACUACGAGAACUUUGUGAUUCGCUGGGGCGUCCCCGACGGCUACGAGGUCGUCCGGAAGCUCGGACGCGGCAAGUACAGCGAAGUCUUUGAGGGUCUGCGCGUCGGACCGCCUUCUGCGACGGCCUUGGCGAUCGCGGGCGUCUCCCCCCCUGGCGCUGCGAACGCCCCGGCAGGGAGCCUCGCGUCGCCGAACAGCGUGGGCAGCAGCAACAGCAUGGUGUCGACCUGCUCGUCUUCGACCGCGCAGAUGCCGCUUAGAACCGACAGCUCCGGCGUGGGGUCGGCCGCUGCGCAAGGCCUGCAGCCGGCGGCGAGUGCGUCGGGGAGCGCCGACGCCAGAGCCGGCGGAUUUGAGGGCGAAAAGUGCGUCGUUAAAAUCCUCAAACCCGUCAAGAAGAAGAAAAUCCGCCGAGAGGUGAAGAUCCUGCAAAACCUCUGUGGCGGACCCAACAUCAUUCGCCUCCUCGACGUCGUGAAAGACCCCGCCAGCCGAACGCCGGCUCUGGUCUUCGAGCACAUCAACAAUCAAGACUUCAAGACUCUGUAUCCGACUCUCACCGACUACGACAUUCGAUAUUACAUCUUCCAGAUCCUCAAGGCACUGGACUACUGCCACAGCCAAGGAAUCAUGCAUCGAGAUGUGAAGCCGCACAACGUCAUGAUCGACCACUCCAAGCGCGAACUCCGCCUCAUCGAUUGGGGGCUCGCCGAGUUCUAUCACCCAGGCCGUGAAUACAACGUUCGUGUGGCUUCGCGCUAUUAUAAAGGGCCGGAGCUCUUGGCCGAUCUCCAGGUCUACGACUACUCGCUUGACAUGUGGAGUUUGGGUUGCAUGCUCGCGGGCAUGAUCUUCCGCAAAGAGCCGUUCUUCUAUGGCCACGACAACUGCGAUCAACUCGUGAAAAUCGCCAAGGUGCUCGGCACGGACAGUCUGUUUGAUUACUUGGAGAAGUACAAUCUGGAGUUGGAGUCUCACUUCACUUCCUUGCUCGGCAAGCACACGAGGAAGCCGUGGAGUCGCUUCGUGAACUCGGAAAACCAACAUUUGGCGUGUGCAGACGCCAUCGAUCUGAUCGACAAAAUGCUCAUCUAUGACCACUGCGAAAGAAUUCUGCCGCGAGAGGCCAUGAACCACCCCUAUUUCCGCCCUGUCUUGGAAGAGGAGCAGCAAAAGGCUGCGAGUGUUUCGGCGGCGAACGUUAAAUCCUGA